AUGUCAUCACCUAAUGUGGAUGGAACACCUGAAAUUUCAUUUUUGAUUAGCAAUAAAGGUAAACGUUUGUUGGUUAUUAAUGGAUUUGUAUAUCAACAAAACAAAUCAACUGCGAAAGUAAAUUACUGGGUUUGUGAAGAAAAACUUUGCAAUGCAGGUGUACAUCUCACUUCGAAUGAUUUGUUUCUCAAGUACACGCAAAAUGCUCAUACUCAUUUGCCUAAACCUGAACGAUUGGUAAUUCGCAAGAUGAUGACAAAAGUCAAAACUCGAGUUGAUCGAGAAACAACAGCUAUUGGACAAAUUUAUACUGAAGAGCUAGUGAAAGCUAAUCUUUCUCGAACAGCUCUUGCUAUUGCUCCAACAGCUCGUGAAGCUAAUCAUGGUCUUAAUGUUCUUCGACGACGAACCACACCUGUUCUUCCAACUUCUGUGGAUUUCAAUAUUCCAUCACGUUAUCAAAAAACAACUGAUGGAGAAAGAUCUUUACUUGCUGAUAGAAUUCAGCCUGGUGGUGAAAAAGUAGAAAAAAGAUUAAUUAUCUUUUCAACCGAUGAACAACUUCGUCUUCUCUUUACAUCACCCCAUAUCAUGAUGGAUGGAACAUUUGACAGUUGUCCACCUUAUUUUGAACAAGUUUUUUCAAUACAUGGAAUAAAAAAUAAGCAAAGUUUUGUUUGUGUUUUUGCUGUCCUUUGUGGUCGGUCCACAGUGAUUUAUAAAGAAUUAAUUUCAGUUCUUCAUCAACAUGCUCGUCGACUUGAUCUUCAAUUUCGUCCAACAAAUAUUACAACGGAUUUUGAACCAGCUCUUAUUAAGACAGUGGCCGAUGAAGUAAGUUCACUUUUUGUUUCUUUGGAUUAA